AUGGUUUUGCUUCUAUACAAAAAAAAUGGCGUACACCAGCCGCAAUGUGUUAUUUUCUAUGAGAGAAGCCGAAGGAAUUUUUUUGCUGCAAAAUGUGAUAAUUUGAAACGGAUGAAGUUGGACACUGCUGGAUCCUUCGCUCAGACAUCAGAAGAGGUACUGGAAGCCACGUAUGAGUUAUCGCUACUUAUUUCAAGGACCAAGAAAAGUCAUAUUAUCGCAGAGACACUAGUCAAAUCCUGUUUGUCGAAAGCUGCUGAUAUUGUUCUUGGGUCAGAAAAGUUAAAGACAACUUCAAAAGCAAUUCAUAUAAUGGCAGCCGUCUCUGAAUUCUUUUGUAAAAAUGUGUUAUCAUGGCAGAAACUGAUAGGCGUAUGCACAGACGGCGCCCCAACAAUGCUUGGAUGUCGCUCAGGAUUCGUGCAGAUGGUCAGAGAAAAAAAACCUAGUGUUACUGCUAUCCACUGUGUAAUACACUGUCAAGCAUUGGCAACUAAGACACUUCCAAAGGAACUCAAUGAUGUCUUGAAAUUGUUAUUUACGGCUCUUUGUGAAGACUUGGGAGCAGAGUAUAAAACACUUUUAUUUCAUACAGAAGUACGCUGUCUCUCAAAAGGGAAUAUGCUAGGAAGAUUAUUUGAACUUCGAGACGAAGUGAUGCUGUUUUUGGAAAAUAACAAACAAACUAAAAAGUAUGUGGAAUUUAGAAAACCCGUUGUUCAUGCUGCAUUGGCUUAUCUGUCAGAUAUUUUCGAAUCUUUAAACACACUGAAUUUGCAACUAUGGAAACGUAAAAUUUUAGCCUGUAAUUAUUCCUGCUUUCCCAGAUUGUUUGGAAUCCUGGAAGAAGCCCGAUUUCACAACGAUUUUAAGGAUACUGAUACUAAGAGUAAAAUAUCGAACCAUUUGCAGCACCUCAUUGAUGAAUUCGAACGAUACUUCCCUAACAGUUGUGAUGAUGAAAUUUAUUAUUGGUUAGCGACGGAUCCAUUUCACGUUGACGUGGAAGUGUUGCCAGACAGACUACAAGAGAAAGUCUUAGAAAUAAAAAGUGAUUCUGCAGCGAAGUACGACUUUGAGAAGAUGGAUAAGCCUUUAUUUUGGGUGAAAUAUUUCACGGUGUAUCCCAACACAGCAGAACUGUAUUUACCAUUUUCAAGCACUUAUUUGUGUGAAAGAGCAUUUUCAGCGGUAGUGGUGAUAAAAAAUAAGCUUAGAAGCAAACUCAGCAUUGCCAAUGAUUUACGUUGCGCAGUUUCUGCUAUUCAGCCAAGAAUUCAAAAUCUUGUAAAAAGUAUGCAAGCUCAUCCUUCACAUUGA